AAAGGACUUUGUAAAUAUUAUGUCUGGUCUGCGAUACAUUCAUAUGCUUAUGUGCAUGUGUAUCUUUAAUUGUGAUGAAAUGUACAGAAAAAAAAUCCACCGCUAAUUGGAAGUCACAUGGUGAUGAUGUGGUGUGAUCUACACAGCAGACAUGCUGAUUACAUGUGUGCACCAUCCUUCACUCUCUCUCCUCCCCAGGGGGCGGAUACUUAGCCGGAAGUCCAGGCAAAUUGUAAACACACCCCCACUAAAUAUAUAUAUAUAUAUAGCUGUUCACUAAGGCUAUCAGUAUUUCUGUUGGAGGUAAUACUAAGGACAUGCAUAUAUCACUCUUGUUUUCAUCAGAACUGUCCAUGUAUUAGGAUUUGCUCAUUUUUGAUGAUGAUACAGAUAAAAUAGUAAAAGAGGAAUUGAGUUUGGAUGAGUCAGAUAUUCCACACAAGAGAACAAUGGUUCAAGGCUGUUCUGAAAAGUCUGGAGAAGGGAACCCUGUAAACAACAAGCGCAGUCCAAAGUCAACAUUCUCUAUCAAUACCCUUACCCACCAUAGGAUGCACAGGUCUGCAGUUCGACCAUUCUUUUGUUGUGGUAGUCAAAUUUCUCUUAAUAGUAUCACUGAUUUUGUUGACCAAUCUUCCUGUGAGAAGGAAGAGAGUGACUUGACAGACUUGUCAGAUUCAGAUGAAAUGGUAGAUUUAAUGUCUGACAUGAGUGUUGAAAGAAACAUGUCAAAAAAGUCAUCAACCCGCAGGAUUUCAAAUUCAAGAAGGAAAAAAUGUGAUAUGCAGGACAAAAAUAUGAGAAAAAAGUUUUGGACAAUAAAAUUCAGAGGAAAAUUAAUAUCCAAAAGCUCAAGGUUAAAUACAACUGACCAGGAGUUAGUGCAGGGGGCCAAAUCCAAUGAAAGCAUCAUGUGUACAUCAUAUAGGAGGACACUAGAGAGUUCAAAAGGGGAGAUAACUUUUGAAGAAAUUGAGCCAUCAUCUGCAGACACCAUAAGUUUAACAGAAGAUGAUUACAGGUCAGGUAGUCAUGUUGGUGGAGCUGAAGGCGGUUUUAUUCCAGAGAGCCUUAUGACAGAGAGUCUUGUAUCGGAAGGACUUAUGGCAGAUACUAGUCGUGUACCCCGUGGCAGAGCUCAAAGGUUCAGUGCCCCAGACUUGCAACGAACCACUUCUGAAGUAUUUGUAAUGUUCAGGCCCCUAAACUCCAUAAACUUCGAUGAAUUGUACCCUACGGAGGAUGUGGACGAGAGAAGGAUUGCCGAGAGAGCAAGGGAAAUGAAGGAAGGGAUUGAACUAAGACAAAACAUCUUGGUUCCACAGUUUGGGGCAAGUGAAGGAGGUGGGGAAAGUCCUACACGUAUCCACUUAGUCCAGGCACCCCCUUCACCAACAUCAGCAGUACCACGCGUCCCACUGCUCGGUCGUCACUAUGGCGCUCACUCUCAAGUCGACUACAUGCAUUGCCUGGUGCCAGACAUCCUACAGAUCACCAAGUGCAGCUUCUACUGGGGUGUCAUGGACCGAUACCAGGCUGAAAAACUGCUAGAGAACAAACCAGAGGGAACGUUUCUAUUACGAGAUAGUGCACAGGAGGAAUUCCUUUUCUCUGUUAGUUUCAGACGAUAUGGACGGUCUCUGCAUGCCAGAAUUGAACAAUGGAAUCAUAAAUUCAGUUUUGAUUCUCACGACCCGGGUGUGUUUGCUUCUGAUACAGUUUGUGGUCUAAUUGAACACUAUAAAGAUCCAAGCUGCUGUAUGUUCUUUGAGCCAAUGCUAACCUCUCCUUUACACAGGAACUUCACAUUCUCACUCCAGCAUAUGUGUCGGUCUAGCAUCUGUGACAAUACAACAUAUGAUGGAGUACAUAAUCUGCCACUUCCUCGAUCUCUGAAGGAAUAUCUCAUGUACUAUCAUUACAAACAAAAGGUUCGUGUGCGAAGGUUUGAUAUGGCAUCCUAGCCGAUGUUUAGACCUGACAGAGUGGACAUAGAUAUCACACUUCUACCAGACCCAAUGUCACAUAUUUAAUAUACCUUUGAAAUAUUUAUAACUUAUUUGUACAUGUGUUAAUAUUGUUUAUGAAUUCACAAAACAACAGGAAAAUGUAUGUGUAAACAUUGUGUAAAACAGUGAAUCAUAUACAAAUGUACAUUCAAAUGAUAUUUAGAAUUAAUUAAAUUGCCAGUGCAAAUAAAAAGUUAACAUUUAAAUUUGUAAUCCUUGGUUUUAGCGCUUAAAAUGCAAAUGAUUCCAAAUCCCAAUACAGUAGUUAAAAUGCAAAGGUUUUUGCUACAUAUACAUAGUACGUACAUGUUUUAACGUUUGUUUGUCUUGUGGUAUAUUUUAAAACACAUCAAAUGCAAAUAAUCUUUUUCUGAGAAAGUGGGCCUUUUUGUAUCAAAGACCUUAAAUUGUGUGUUUUCACUUAAGCUUGCUACUGUAUUAUAUUAUCUGAAACUAUAUAUACAAGUACUACUUAGUUUAUCAGGUAAUACAUACAUGUAUCUUCAAAAUCAAAGUGUUUUGCUUGACAUCAAUAUGUACCUAUCUUCACUGACUCUUAUACCAUGCAAGAAGUCAUUAAAGAAAAUAUCCAAAGUCUUGAUUAGCUUUUUGAUUGGGUCCCGAUAUAAAAAAAAAUGACCAAUUACAAGGCUGAAAUCAUUCUUCUGAACAUCUUUGAAAGGUGGAAG